GGUAGCACUGGUGGGCACGGAGACGUUUAGGAACAUAACCGUUGGAAUUUUUUAUUAAAAUACAGGAAACUUACCAACUCUCGUCGAGAGGAGAUUCGGUAACGGUUUUUUAUCAGCGACUGAAGAUGAUGUCUGAUGCCAGCGACAUGUUGGCAGCUGCACUCGAGCAAAUGGAUGGCAUCAUAGCAGGCUCCAAGGCUCUAGACUACUCUAAUGGACUAUUUGACUGCCAAUCACCUACCUCUCCCUUCAUGGGCAGCCUGCGGGCGCUGCACCUUCUGGAGGACCUGAGGAGCGUCCUGGAGUUGAUGGACACAGAGGAAAGGGAGAGUCUCCGCUGCCAGAUCCCCGACUCCACAGCUGACAGUCUAGUGGAGUGGCUCCACGGUCACCUGUCCAAUGGGCACAUCUCCCUCAGUGGGAGUGACCACUACCAGGAAAGGCUUUCCCGGAUAGAGACUGAUAAGGAGUCCUUGGUUCUUCAGGUGAGCGUGCUUACAGACCAGGUGGAAGCUCAGGGAGAGAAGAUCCGAGACCUGGACUUGUGUCUGGACGAGCACAGGGAGAAACUCAAUGCCACAGAGGAGAUGCUGCAACAGGAGCUCCUGUGCAGGACGGCGCUGGAGACCCAGAAGCUAGAGCUGAUCUCUGAAGUGUCCAACCUGAAGCUGACCCUGAACAACAUGGAGAAGGACGGGCUUGACUUCGACAGAUUUAGGGACAGUGAGGAUUUGAUUCUUGAAAUGAAUGAACUUCGGUACAGACUGACAGAGAUGGAGAGUGAAAAACUACAGUAUGAAAAGAAACUCAAAUCCACAAAGGAGGAGCUCACCAUACUGAGGAGGCAGCUGGAGGGCAGAGAUGGAGAGAUGAGGCGACUACAGGAUGAGACGGGCUUUAAAGUCGGCGCCUCGAGCAAUGCAGAGCUCACAGAGAGAGUCUCUCAUCCAGACGAAACUCUUAGAAAGAGGCUGAAAGAGAAACAUGUGGAAGUGCAGAGAAUGAAGAAGGCAGUGGAAUCCCUGAUGGCAGCCAACGAAGAAAAGGAUCGUAAGAUUGAGGAACUGAAACAGUCACUGCUGCGUUAUAAGAAAGUUCAGGACAUGGUGAUGUCAGUGCAGGUGAAGAAAGAGCGAACCAAAGAUACCGAGCUCUUGGAAAGUCAAGGGGACGGAGUCAUCACAUUCAUGUCAACCAACUCUGUGUGUGUGGAGUCCGAACAGUCUGCAGUGACAGAUGUUGAACAACUGAAAAGGAUGAGUCCUGAUGAGUUGGAGAUCCUCAACGGGAUGAGCGAGGAGCCUUCACCCACACCAAGCCCUUCAGAUGCAGAACGAGUAUCAGAGUCUGCCCCAGCUGAUUUAGAAAGGUGAAA